AUGGAGAUCAACCAACACGCCAAGGCCGGCCAAGGCCACGAUGACUACGACCCCGAGCUAGUCAAGCCAACAAUCACAGGCUCUGACAUUGAUGCGGCCCUCAAAUUCAUUGAAAAUGGUGGCGACGGGGUGCCGCCGAUGACCGCGGAAGAUGAGAAACGCCUGGUCCGGAAAAUCGACAUGACCAUUGUGCCACUCAUGUUGAGCCUCCCAUACAUUGCCCUACAGCCAACUUUCUCUCCUCACACAUCGGCAGUCAACUAUGCCAACAUCAUGGGCCUCCAAGCGGACACCGGCAUCAACGGCAACCAAUUCUCCCAGCUCGCCCUCAUCUUCUACGUCAGCUAUCUCGCCUUUGAGUUCCCUACUGGCUAUCUCAUGCAAAUCCUACCCACCGCGAAAUACCUCGGCGCCAACGUCGUCUGCUGGGGCGUCAUGGUCGCCUGCACCGCCGUCGCCCGGUCCUGGGGCACCCUGGUCGCGCUACGAGUGCUGCUCGGGUGCUUCGAGGCCGCCGUCGCGCCGGCUCUCAUCCUCAUCACGGCCAUGUGGUACAAGAAGUCGGAGCAGCCGCUGCGGGUCGGCGUCUGGUACGUCGGCACCGGCGUCGGCCAGAUGGUCGGCUCCGUCACCUCGUUCGGCUUCCAGCACUACAAGGGGAGCGUCUUCAAGUCAUGGCAGAUCAUGUUCCUCGUGUACGGCGUCCUUACCGUCAUCGUCGGGCUCCUGGUCGUCUUCGUGAUGCCGGACAACCCGAUGGUGUCCCGGUUGUCGGACACGGAGAAGCAAUGGGCCAUUGCGCGGUUGCGAGAAAACAUGACAGGUAUCGAGAACAAAAAGUUCAAAAAGUCCCAGGUUGUCGAGUGUCUGCGGGACCCCCAGACUUGGUUGCUGGCCCUGGCCAUCAUGUCGUCUUCCAUCCCCAACGGCUUCCUCAGCACCUAUUCCUCUACCGUGAUCAAGACGUUUGGCUUCACAUCCGAGGUCUCCGCCCUGAUGGGCAUCCCUUCUGGCGCAUUCACGGCCAUCCUCACCAUUACCUGUAGCUUACUUGCUGGCAAGUACAACAUACGGGGCUUCCUCGCCGUCGGUUUACUUGCCACUAGCACCUUGGGCAGUUGUCUUUUGAGGUUUUUACCGGCCGAAGGUCAUGUUGCGGGCAAGAUGGCGGGCACCUACCUCACUUCAUGCACCGUCCCCUCGCUUGCGCUUAUAUACUCAUUCGCAUCAGCCAACUUUUCGGGCCACACGAAAAAGAUCACCUUGAACGCGCUGCUCCUCAUCUGCUUUUGCAUCGGCAACGUCAUCGGCCCCCUUACAUUCCGCGACAAGGACAAGCCAGAGUAUAUUCCUGCCAAGAUUGCCAUGGUCAUCACCAAUGCCUUUGCCGGCGUCUGCAUCUCUGUCCUUGUCAUGUACUACAAGUGGGAGAACCGCCGCCGUGACCGCAUUUACGCCAACAUGGAGCACGUGCCAAACAGCGAGUUCUUCAACCUCACAGACCGUGAGAACCACGAAUUUCGGAAUCUCAACCUCGAAUUUCAACCAGAGCUUGUCCCUGACGGCAACAAACGACAUCGCAAAUCACCGCCCUCGAGCUUCGUGCGUACCAUCUUCCGACCGGCAGAAAACCUAUCACUACGCACCCAGGCUCGCCAGCCUGUCGCCAAAUUGGCAUUCUCGUCGCUCGCCGACACGACCGGAGACGAGCAGCCCUGGCGAGCUUCGCAAUCCUCUGCAAAGGAGCGCAAGGCGCCACGCCAUCGAGAUGGGAAGCACAAGCCCAGGCACGCUGGCGCGCGACCCUCCUCCAGAUCCGAUGUGUCAGCCUUUGACAUGUUUAAUCAGAUUGUCAAUGCGAAGAGCAUGGGGUGGACAGGCAAUUCCACCGGUGUCCAGCCCAACGAGGCCGCCUCAGGAACCCGGCCGAGUACCGAAAUCGAUAUAACAUUCAUGCUGAGCACCUUGGUGGCGCGUAAAAACGACCCCGUCGAUCAACGACUCCAGACGUUCGAGGAGUCGAUAUGGCCGCAUCUGCGAAACUACGAUAACCACUUUCCGGUGCCUAUAUCACAACUCUUGAUAGAAUUCAUCAACAAUGCUUGCAGAGAUGAGAUACAGUACGGUCGAGCCUCCUCCUGCCUCGCGAUCGCUCAGCUCGCAGCUCGGGUCGGCAUAACAAGUCCGCACAUCCCAAAUAUCAUGGCCCUCAAGAUAUGCCAUGUUUUUGCCACGAGCAAAAAUUCCAGCGCUCAUCGCAACCUUUUGGCGCAAAAUUUGCUGGCGCUUUGGAUGCACGUCUCGCAAAUGCAACGGCUGCCCGAGAAAGAGCGACCCUUGCGACUGGCUCUCCCGGACAAGGUUGAAUUUAGCGUUGGGCUGAGGAGCACACAGAAAUCAAAUGACGGUGUGCUUGAUGAUAGCAGCGUCACUCCGGAAGCUUUUCUCAACGCCGUUUUUCCACAGUUUGAAAAUGGCCGAGCGAGAGAACUGAUGGACGGGCUUCUCGCCACGUUAUGUUUCUGCUCCGACCCGCGAUUUGUCACAGAACGUGUGCAAAGAGAAUUUGCUCCAUUGUUGGAGCUGGCAAGCAUUUUCUUCGGUGAAUACAGUCAAUCAGCCGAGUUAAUGCUGCAAGAAUUCCCCCAUCACGCCACCCUUCACGCCGUCUUGUUUCCAUCCGAGAAGUCUCAUGAGCUCCAAGCCUACAUCAUGAACCAAUGGCCCAUAUUUGUUCUGUUUCUACAGAAUCAACAGGUACCAUGGCGUCAAGGAAGCUCUGCCAAGGAACCAAGAACAAGUCUUGCUCAAAUUCACAAGCGACUACGCAAGGCAUACAUAGAGCGCAAUAAACCAGGCGUCCGGACCAUCUGGGCCGAGCUGUACCAAAGACAGGCUAAUAGCGCAGGUCUACGCUCCGCAAUACAAUCCAGGCCCGAACUGAUGGACUUUAUCAUCUUCAUCGCCUGUGCACUGCGCCUAGACUACGAGUACAAGACGGCUGUCGAGUUGAUGAACGGACUGCAGAUUCCCUUAACGCUCAAAACAUACACCGGUAUGAUGCACGGUUGGAGACUUUGCAAGGAUACGCGGAAGAUUGACGCCUUGUGGGAUCAACUUGAAAGCGCCAAUGUGCGCCUCGACGUGCCUAUCUGGACAGAACGCCUCGCAGCAUAUAUCCUCAAAGGCAAGAUUGGCUUGUGUAUAACGGCACUUGCAAAGCUACAAACGGAGUGGGAUGAUGCAGUGAAGAACGAUACAGUGGCAGAAAGUGGUGCUGUCCAGCCCAGCAUUGAAAUGGUGAAUGCAUGCAUCAAGGGUAUACUCGAGAUUGACCCCCCGGCGGCCAAGGUGCUUCUCAGCUGGGCGCACAACAAUGGCAUCCGACCCGACGUCAGCACACACAACAUCAUCCUUCGCCGGGCCUUCUCUAGCGGGCCUGAUGACGUUGCCUGGAUCAUGGAACUGAUGGAGAAGAACGGCGUAGAGCCGAAUCAGGCGACCUUUGUGAUCCUGAUUGAAGAGAUGCUGGCUCUAACGGGCGCUGACUCGCCAGAGGCGCAGGUCGAGGCGGUCAACCAGGUCUUUGCCGACCUGGCGCGGUCCAAGUUUGCCCUUACUGGGGAACUGUACGCCAAGGCACUGCACGCCGUGGCCUCGCUAGCCGACGCCUCCGACGAGGCCGUCGAGGCCGUCCUCGCACACUUGCGCCACCAAAAGGUGCGCAUCAACCCGUACAUGGUGACGAUCCUGAUUGAGCGGUCGCUACAGCGCGACCCGCGCUCGUUUGCGCCCAUCGAGGCACUGCUGCACCGCUACGGCAUGGCCGACAUCUCGCGCGGCGACCAGACGCUAUGGGAGCGCGUGAUCCGCGCAGCCGCGCUCACCGGCGAGGCCCGCACGGCGCUGGCGCGCUUCGACGAGUUGGCCGCCGCGGGACGACCCGUCACGUCGCUGCCGUGCCUUAACGAGCUGCUGCGCGCGCUGCUGGCAGAGGACGACACGGAAAGCGCGCGGCGCGUCGUCGACACGGUGCUGCACAACAAGAUGGCGGCGCAGGCGCAAAAGGGCAGCACUCACGGCGAAGAUGGCGGCGGCGACGAUGAGGCGCGCUUUUGGAAGCACCACUUUUGGCACGUCGCUAAGGAGAACCAGCUUCUCGAUGAGAAGAACAUGCCGGGUGGGCUGCACAGAAUGAUCGAGCACUACUGA